AUGGGUUGCUAUAAUUCCUAAAUGAAAAGUAAAAAGCUCAGUAACUCUUUUUUUAAUGUUAAAAACGAAAUGAACGUACUUAGAAAUUGCCUCUAUCAAGUAUGCGAAUUGGAAAUGCCAUCAUACUAAUCUUUAGAAUAUGACCUUCAAUAUAUAAUCAAUAACUCUUCUAAAGAUCAACUUUAAUUAUAUUAACUACUCCUUUGCUAUAAAUAAAAUUUCGAAGAUAGAAAGUAAAAACUAUCAAGAUUAAGAAAAUCAAUAUAAAAUGACGAUCUAUCUAUUUGCUCAGAAUACAUUUUAUGCGAUGGUAAUGAUAACAUCUAAUAAAGACGUUUUUCUUCUUAGUAACCUACAAAAUCAACAUCUGCUCAUUGA